AUGGACUACGAAACAGAUAAAAUUCUAAGGGAUAAAGAGUAUGGAGGAGACUAUCCUGAUAAUGAGAGGCUGUUGGAGAAAGCACCUAUUUAUGAGCAAAGUAUUAAUGAGGAAGAACAAAUUUUCUUGGAAUGGAAAGACCUAAAUUUCUUUGUCCCAUAGAAAAAGAAGCAUUUCUUCUCAAGGGGUCCAGUGGAAUAAUAGAAUACUAUUGUUCAAGAAAAUACUGCAUUAAAUUUUGGCACUACAUAAUAAACUCCUUAGUAAUCUUCAAAGAAUAUAACCUAAGAAUCAGAGAGUGAUGUAUUCCCUGAUGAUAAGGUUAACAUGACACAUAUAUUGAAACAUAACUCAGGAUUUGCAAGACCAGGAGAGAUUAUGGCUAUUAUGGGUCCUAGUGGAUCAGGUAAGACUAGUCUCUUAAAUAUCCUUUCACAAAGACAUACCCUAAGCAAAGGAAGUAUUGUUUCAGGUAAAGUAGCAGCAAAUGGUCGUUUGCUAGAUAAGAGUGAUUUCGGUAAAUUCGCAGCUUUUGUUUAAUAGGAUGACGUAUUGAUGAUAACAUUUACCCCUGAAGAAUUAUUUAAAUUUGCUGCUAGACUAAGGACAAACUAAUCAAAAGAGCAAAUUGACGAUUUAGUUGAAAGCGUUAUUCAUAGACUUAGGCUGUAGAACUGUAGGAAAACUUUAGUAGGAGGGUUUUUCCUGAAAGGACUUUCAGGAGGAGAAAGAAAAAGAACCUCAAUUGGUUACGAACUUAUCACCAAUCCUAAUCUACUGCUGCUAGACGAACCAACAAGCGGAUUAGACUCUUCAACAGCGCUUUAAAUCAUAAAACUGUUAAAAAAAGAGGCAAAGAAGGGUAUGAAUGUCAUUUGCACUAUCCAUUAACCAUCUUCGGAAUUAUUUAUGUAGUUUGACAGACUUAUGAUGCUUUCUGAAGGAUUCAGUAUAUAUAAUGGGCCAGCAAGUAGGCUACAGAACUUUUUAAGUGAGGUCAAUAUGAGAUUACCAAGAUUUACAAAUCCUUCAGAUUACCUAAUUAAGAUAGCUGUAGAUCCUAAAAUGAUUAAUACUGAGGUAUCUACUUCCUUACUGACUGCAAAGUCUAAUGCAUAAUAUUCUGAAGAAAGAGCUUAAUUAUAAAACUUCAAUAAUAGAGGCCUUAAGAUUACGAUGAUAGGAGAACAAAGAUCUGCUUCUUUCUUCCUUCAGUUUAGAUUAGUUUAUUACAGGACUCUUCUUUAUAUUCUUAGAAAUCCAAGAGCUCUCUACGGUUUAUUUGGUAUUUCACUUUUCAUGGCCUUCCUGAUUUCAUCUAUCUAUCAUGACAUAGGCUCCUAAGAAUUUAGCAUAUUUGAAUCACUUAAGUCAAAUGAGCAAGUAGUAUUCAACUGGCUUGGAUAUGUAUUCUAUAGUAGUGUUGACUAGUUCAUUUGUAUGGCAAUGGCAUAGAUUCUUUAAGUGCCAAUAAUCAUGCCAGUUUAUCACAGAGAAAAGAAAUCUAAUAUGUAUUCAGGUAGCGCCUUUUACUUAGGCACCUUACUUUGCUCAAUGACUACCUUGCUAUUUUAUCCUUUCUGUGUGGGAAUAAUUACAUUUUACUUCAUUAAAUUUGAUGACAGUUCAGCUGAAAAUCUAUUCAGAUGGCUGAGUAUUUUAUUUAUAUAGUCUCUAAAUGGAUCCUGCUUUGGUUUUAUGCUUGGGGCGAUAUUUAACAGUGAUUAGCAAGCUAUUUUGGUAGUUAAUCUAUUUAUGAUUUUAUUCAAUCUUGGAGCUGGAUCCUUUUCUAAUCUAAAUAAUGUCAACUUUGUGGGUAAAUUCCUUGGAUGGAUCUCACCAAUGAGAUAUACAUGUGAGCUACUUUUUAGAAGACUUAUUAGUAAGAGGAUUUAUAAAGACUACGUCUUUGAAAAAUUUAGCUACACCUAUGGAGAAAAGGAAUGCUAUAUAGUCUUAUGUUCAAUGACAAUUUUAUUCUUUGUAGCAGGUUGGCUCACUGUCAUUAUAAAAUCUCGACUAAUGUGA